UUGAAACUUCAGAUACAGCUAGGCCUAUGUCUAAAGCGUUACAUUCGGGAGACAAGAAGAAGCUACAAUAAUAUCAAUUCACUAUAUUGAGUCAGCUUUGAUGGAAUGAGAAGCGAUGCUGAUGUUAUGUAUGAAGGUUACUGACAGUGUAAGUUUUUGUAAGUUGUGUGCAGGUGUACCGAAUAUUAAUUCGAAUUUGACGCACAUUGGCUGAAAAUUAAUGCACUGGGUAGGACGAAAACCGAAAAUAGAUUUUCCACAUAGGAUAACCGGAUUUGAAUGAACAUCAGUGCAUCUCAGUGCCUGGUGUUGUUAGCAUCUCGUCGGUCAUUCCAUUUCCUUUCAUCAUAUAUUUGUUCUAAAUCAGUACCUAAUAAAUAUUUUUCCAAGUUAUUUUCAUUUCCAUUGCAGUCCUAAUUCAUAAACUCGAUUAAUCCCUCAAACUUGGAUUCCAUCAACUUUCACCAGAUACAAUAAUACUGGCGAGCUGAAGAAUGCUGAUGAUGCGUUUGUGUGUGUGCCUGUGUGUGUUGGUGGUGUUGUCGGAGGCGGCUGGACCCAGUAGGCCUAGAAGCAAUAGACGGAGACAGUCAGUGGUCGGAGGUCAUACACCAUACGACCGCAGAGCUUCGGUCCAAAGAUCGGCCCCCGCUAGCUCGCUAGAAGAGGCUCUCAACUUUUGUAAAAUGAGAGUUCCUAUCGGACUUCCACCAAGAAGAACAAAUCUAAUCUAUGUUGCAGCUGGGAUCUUCAAUUUUCUAACUGGCAAUGAUCCUCUAAAUGUGAUGACCUCGCAAACAGCGCCUACCAUAUCAGCUGCCUUAAUAAGAGAAAAAGUUCCACUACGUCUUCAAUCAAGUGUGCUCGUGAGAACUAUACAAAACAUGAUAACUAAUCAGAGGAAAAGUCUGGAAUUGAUUCAGCUUGCAGGAUAUAUAAAAGAUAAUAAGAGCAACAUUGAAACCGCAAUCGACUUCUGUUCCAAUUUCAAUAACAACAUUUGGGACAAGGAAAACUUGUUAAAGCUUUGUGGCAAUAACAAGAAUCUCGCAGACUCUGUUGCUACAAGUGCAGGGAUUAAACCCAACCAAGUGGAAUAUGUUAUGCCUAAACAAGUGAAGUCGGCUCUACUGGCCAUACUGGGAAUCGAGAACUAGAAUAUUCGGAUCUGUAUGAAGGAUGGUAUGAGGAGGUGGAGGAGGUGGAGGAGGAUGAGGAGGAGGAGGAGGAGGAGAAGGAGGUGGAGAAGGUGGAGAAGAAGAAGAAGAAGAAGAGGAAGAAGAAGAAGGAGAAUUUGAGAGGAACUAUUUAUUUUAGUAUCUAUAUAUGUAAAAGAAACGAGUAUAAAAAAACAUCUAAGUACUGUCUAGAAGAUAGUCGUGUUUCAUAAGUUUUUGAGGUUUUCACCAUUAUGUAUCAUUUUAUUGUAAUUCAGGUUAGAUUUUCCAGUUCCAGGGCAAAUGCUAGAAGAAGAGCAACCGAAUUUGAAUGUGAAGAAGAAUUUUCGUAUCGAUAAAAAAUUUGUUUGAUUUGAUUCAUCAAUUCGUUAGCAUUAGCUGGUACGAUAACAAAUUACUCCCCAAUCUGAUUGGGUAUAUCUAUAAUAAGAUAAAAAUGAUUGAAUUUCUAUAUUGGCCUAGUAUCUCCUAUCAAAUAAAGAAUACAAUAGAAUUUCUGAAUAAAAAUUUUGAAGAAGAUAACAGGCUGGUUAGCUGAUCUUGUUUAAAUUUAGAGUCUUUAUAAAAUGAGGGAGUAUUCGCUCUUCUAAGUAAUAUUAAUCACGAACCGAAUAAAUACUGCGUUCCAAUUCGUGUGGACUUUCAACUUUUAAAAUUUUUAGACCAAAUUCAUUUCAAAAUUAUGACCAAAUUCUUUGGUUAUAUUGGUUAUAAAGAGAAGGGGUGGCUCGUUGGAGUAAGUGAUAACGCGCUGGUCUAAUAAUCAAGAUAACCCGAGUUCGAAUCUCGACCGGGACAAAAGCUUUUGACCACAGCACAAUCAC